AACAGAGAACCCCCGUCCUCCUGCCCAGCCUUCAAAGACGUUCCAGGCCCUUGUGACCCAGAGGAUCUGCUGGACGGUGUGAUUUUUGGGGCCAAGUACCUGGGCUCCACACAGCUGGUCUCGGAGAGGAACCCCCCAACCAGCGUCCGCAUGGCGCAGGCCCAGGAGGCGGUGGACAGGAUUAAGGCACCGGAGGGGGAGUCCCAGCCCAUGACGGAGGUGGAUCUGUUUGUCUCCACACAGAGGAUCAAGGUGCUCACGGCUGACACGCAGGAGGCCAUGAUGGAUCACUCCCUCCAGACCAUCUCCUACAUCGCUGACAUCGGCUCUCUCGUGGUGCUCAUGGCACGUCGGAAACUGCCUCAGCGGUCGGAGGUGACAGAAGAGAAGCGGCUCUACAAGAUGAUCUGCCACGUCUUCCACUCAGCCGACGCCCAGAUCAUCGCUCAGGCCAUCGGGCAGGCGUUCAGCGUGGCCUACCAGCGUUUCCUGGAGGCCAACAGCAUCGACCCGAGCGAGCUGAGCCCUCGCCAGUACAGCCGUGCCCUCGAGGACCAGGAGCAAUACAAUGCAGAGCUGACCCACUUCUCCCGGCAGGAGAACUGCAAGGAUGUCUGCAUCCGGAAGCAGAAGGGAGAGAUCCUGGGCAUCGCCGUCGUGGAGUCGGGCUGGGGCUCCAUCCUGCCUACAGUGGUCAUUGCCAACCUGAUGCACGGGGGCCCUGCGGAGAGGUCAGGCGAGCUGAGCAUUGGCGACCGCCUCAUGUCCGUCAACGGGACGAGCCUCGUGGGGCUGCCCCUCGCCACUUGCCAGAGCAUCAUCCGGGAGCUGAAGCACCAGACGGAGGUGACACUGAACAUCGUGCACUGUCCCCCUGUCACCACAGCUGUCAUCCGGCGCCCCGACUCCAAGUACCAGCUGGGCUUCUGUGUUGAGAAUGGCGUGAUCUGCAGCCUUAUGCGUGGGGGCAUCGCAGAGAGAGGCGGCAUCCGCGUGGGGCACCGCAUCAUCGAGAUCAACGGGCAGAGCGUGGUGGCAACGCCCCACGAGAAAAUCAUCCAGAUCCUGACGCAGGCGGUCAGCGAGGUGCACAUCAAGACCAUGCCGGCCUCUACGUACCGCUUACUGACCGGCCAGGAGCAGCCCGUCUUCCUCUGA